CGACUCAUACUUUUAUGACCUUAUCUUUGAGAUGGUCUAUCCCAGAACGCACGAAUGGGUCAUUCUGGGGUUCUUCUUGCUCCUGCUCCUCAUGGCGCUUGGCGGGAAUUUCUUGGUAGUUUAUGCCGUACUGAGGAACGAGCACAUGCGUUCGGUUACCAAUUACUACAUCAUGAACCUGAGUGUUGCCGAUAUCCUGGUGUCUUUGAUCUGUUUCGGACCGACUGCAGUUGGUGACGUUACGGAAACCUGGUGGCUUGGAGCUACAGCUUGCAAACUAAUACCCUACUUUCAGCACGUGACAGAAUGUGUAUCGAUCUAUACUUUGACUGCGAUCGCUGCUGACCGGUACCUUGCCAUCUGCCACCCGCUGAAAUUUCGUAUCCGGGCUUCACGAACGAUUUUCAUUAUAAUCGCCGUUUGGAUUUGGUCUUUUGUUGCCGUUUUACCACAGGCAAUUUUCUCAGAGUUGGAGUAUGACGAGCACACGCCCUCUAUAAACAGACCUGUCUGGUUGGCCAAGUGUUACGAGACUGGAUGGCACAAUUCGUUAUGGCAGAAGGUAUAUUACGUGAGCAUCGUUCUUUUGACCUACAUCCUACCGCUGUGUGUGAUUGUAGUCACAUACUCAAUGGUCUGUAUUCGGCUAUGGUCGGCAAUCCCCACCGAGGAGACGAGCCGGAAGAAACCGACGGACUCGAACAACGAAUCGCGCCAUCAAAACAGCGGGAAAUCCAACCAUACCGGUAAUGGUGCGAUCCGAGGGGGCAGUCGUUCCCGGUCUGGACCGGUUAAAACCAGUACGGAGACACAGGUGGAGUCCAGAAGGAAAGUAGCCCGGAUGCUCAUCAUCGUAGCUUUCAUAUUUUUCAUCUGUUAUCUGCCAAUCAACGUCUUAAAUACUCUCAGAUACAUGCAAGUAUUUUCUAAGAACCUCAAACCGAAUCCCGGGGACCGAAUCAAGAUCACCCUUCCUUUCACGGUCGCUCAUUUUCUAGUGUAUAUCAACAGCACAGUCAAUCCCAUCAUCUAUAACUUCUUAAGUGCUAAAUUCCGACGAGAAUUUCGAACCGCCUUCGCAAGCUGUCCAUGCUGCCCUCAACGUCCUAAUGACACAACUGCUAUCACGAGUACGGCAAGUCGACGCACCCAACGGCCGAACCCAACGGGGCGAACGAACAGCACCGAAUACAUGCAAAUGUCAAGGGUUAAUACGAAAACAGAUCCAAGUCAAGGUCUUCUGACCUCAGACUGACAUUAAUCUGUGUGAUGAUA